UAGCCGCGUAAUCGCGAAUUUAAAAUUAAUAUAGUGAAGCGCAAAGGCGUUAAAAAAACUGCAUUUAAAUACAGUCGAUUAUCGAUACAAAAACUUCGGUGCCGUUGACAGACUUGGCGGUCUUCAUAAAACACCUCUAAAGCUUGCUUCGUGGGUUAAAAACGAGCUUCGUGGGCUACAUCUUACUUUUCCAGCAUAGAAAUAAAGCAGAUUUUGACUUCAAGAAGCCAGAAGUACUAGUUUGCUAGCUUACUGACACUUACUUGCUAACCCAGCGGGAAAACUAGACUCGUACAUCCCGGCCAUAACAGGGAAUUAUGUCAUUUUGACACUUUUGGUACUCUCAUGAUAUAAUAUUUCAGAUUAUUUUGUUCCAUUUUGUUUUUAUUUCAGAGAAAGUUAUGUUUAUUUUGAUAUAUUUUACAAAAUGAAGGUAGAAAAUGCAGCAUACGAGUCAUACGAUCAUGCUCAACAAACAGCGCACUUAAAAACAUUAGAUUUGUUAAAACACGAGUUUAUGCAAAGAGUCGAAAGUCCCCCAAUUACUUAUGAAAAAUCUCUACAAAGCUUCGAUAACAUUAAAACUAUUGGUACUGGUGCAUUUUCAUUAGUGUUUUUAGUUCGAGAUACCACAAGUUUUACGUAUCAUGCCAUGAAAGCAAUAGAUAAAGAAGAGGUUAUACGGAAAAAGUGGCUGAAGCAAUUAUCAAUGGAAAAGAAGAUUCUGCUAAGUGUCCAUUUUCCAUUCGUAACAACAAUGGAUUAUUGUUUAAAAGAUAAUGUGUAUGUUUAUUUUAUAUUACCAUAUAUGGUUGGAGGUGAACUGUUUACAAUGUUAAGGAAAUAUGGCUGUCUAUCGGAAGAAUCGAGUAAAUUUUAUGCAGCACAAGUGGUUCUAGCGUUAGAAUAUCUGCAUCAUUGUGGGGUUAUUCACAGAGACAUUAAACCCGAAAACAUAGUUAUCGGCAUAACUGGUUAUAUAAUGUUAGCUGAUAUGGGGUUCAGCAAAAUUAUAAAAACUCGAACGUGGACAAUUUGCGGGACACCAGAAUAUUUGGCGCCGGAAAUUAUAACAUCAAAAGGUUACUCGUUUGCCGUUGACUGGUGGUCAUUAGGUGUGCUAAUUUUUGAAAUGUGUGCCGGCUAUCCGCCUUUCUUCAGUGCGGACCCUAUGGUCUUAUACGAGAAAGUUCUUAGAGGUCACUUUAAGACACCGGCGAGCAUGUCUAGUGGCUGCAAAUCUUUAGUAAAGCAUUUGUUAGAAGUAGAACCUACUAAGCGCAUGGGUGCACUCAAAGCAGGUGUGUUUGAUAUCAAAAGCGAUUUUUGGUUCGUUGAUAUUAAUUGGAAUAUGAUACUACAUCAAAAAGUGGUGCCUCCAUUUGUUCCUAAAAAUGGAGCAGGUGAUACAUCAAAUUUUCGAGAUUUACCAGAACAGAAGGUUAAGGUAUCUCCGGUUUGUUUAUAUGAAAAAGAAUUUGAAAACUUUUAGCUCAAAAUCACAAGACAUAUUAGUAUAGAACAAAGUGAAUUAUUGUGCUUAUGUCUAUAAGGUAAAUAAGUUUCUUUAUAAGUUUCAUUUUUGUGAAAAUAA